AUGACAGAGCAGACCCGUCACCUGUACACUUCAGGCGGUUUAUCACGGGGGAGCAGGGAUAAUCUCUCAGCCAGCAGCCGAGAGACGGACGUGGGCCAGCGGCAGCCCCGGGCGGAGAACUGUGGGCAGGAGGUGGAGGUGUGCCCUGCCUUAACAGCAGGGAACAAGCCCCCGAAACCCCCGACUGCAGCUCAGCCUCACCAGACACCCGAUGUUCAGGCAGCGCACAAGGGUGGUCACAUCUCACAGGAGGAAAACUGCGAAUACAAACCACCGCAAGAGACUUUGAGUUUGUACAUGGACUCUGACACUGACUUAGAGGUGCGUCUGUGCAAGAAGAAACACAGGCGCAAGAAACCCAGGAAGAGGCGUAAAUGGAAGCCUUAUCACAAACUGUCCUGGGAGGAAAAGAAAGCCAAGGAUGAGAGAGAGACGGCCAGGGCCAUUCGGAUAAGAGAGGAGAUGUUCGCCAAAGGGCGCCCAAUGGCCCCCUAUAACACCACACAGUACCUGAUUGACACCAAUUACCAUGGGGAGCCCGACCUCAGCACCGGUGUCAGGUGGCCCUCAGGGGUCGGUGGCUGCACGGAGGACCAUAGAGGCGGCGACGGCAUUAGGAGGCCCAGGAACGCAAGCAGGGAGUUUCUCCAGAGAGAAUAUUCCCGAGACCUAGAGACGUACCAGGUCGAGAGGCUGCAGAGUCUGACCAAGCAGGAGCUGGUGUGGGAGUACCUGGAGCUGCAGAGGUGCAUGUCCCGGAUGGAGGAGGAGAACAACCUGCUGAGGUGCGCCAUGGCUCCCUGGUGCAGCUCAGAGAGCUGA